CCGCCGCAGCACCCAAACCCUCAUCCCCCUCCCUCACCGGAGCGCCGCAGCCCCCACCCUUCACCCAGCCAUGGCGGAGCGCGGCGGAGAGCGCGGUGGCGAGCGCGGCGGGUUCGGCCGGGGCUUCGGCCGCGGCGGCCGCGGCGACCGUGGCGGGCGCCGUGGUGGCCGGCGCGGGCCGCGCCAGGAGGAGGAGAAGUGGGUCCCCGUCACUAAGCUUGGUCGCCUCGUGAAGGAGAACAAGAUCAACAAGAUCGAGGAGAUCUACCUGCACUCGCUCCCCGUCAAGGAGCACCAGAUCGUGGAGACCCUCGUCCCGGGGCUCAAGGACGAGGUCAUGAAGAUCACGCCCGUGCAGAAGCAGACCCGCGCCGGGCAGCGCACCCGCUUCAAGGCCUUCGUCGUCGUCGGCGACAACGACGGCCACGUCGGGCUCGGCGUCAAGUGCGCCAAGGAGGUGGCCACCGCCAUUCGCGGCGCCAUCAUCCUCGCCAAGCUCUCCGUCGUGCCCGUCAGGAGGGGGUACUGGGGUAACAAGAUCGGUCAGCCGCACACCGUGCCCUGCAAGGUCACCGGCAAGUGCGGGUCCGUCACCGUGCGCAUGGUGCCCGCGCCCAGGGGUUCCGGCAUCGUCGCCGCGCGCGUUCCCAAGAAGGUGCUGCAGUUCGCUGGCAUUGAGGAUGUCUUCACCUCGUCCCGUGGCUCCACCAAGACUCUUGGCAACUUCGUGAAGGCAACCUUCGACUGCCUGAUGAAGACCUACGGUUUCCUUACACCUGAGUUCUGGAGGGAGACCAAGUUCAGCAGGACUCCUUUCCAGGAGUUCACUGACCUCCUGGCAAAGCCUACCAAGGGUCUUAUGCUUGAGGCCCCAGUUGAGACAGUAGAGGCUUAGGAUGUUGGAGUAAAGAGUUCCUACUCGUCGGGAGUUGUCUAAUGCACUUUCUAUAUUAUAGUUAAGAACUGUGGGAGUCAACUUUGGGUUUUGCUUUGCCUGGAUGUUGCAAUUUUCUGUCAAGUUUUGGAUUAUGGUACUAUGCCACUACUGUUGGUGAAUGCUACAUAAUUAUCUCAUGAUUCGUCUUCCAUUCUGAAAGCUUUUGGUGGCGGUUA